CUCACAUCAGCUUAUCUGUCCUUUCAUUACUGAACCAGUUUGUCUUUUCAUAUUUGUGGACUGAAUCUCUUGAAGAUGUUUGACAGAUUUUGGCUCUGUUUGUGUUUGUGGCAACUGAGUGGUGUGUUUGCUGAUUCAGAUGCAGUGAAGUCAGUGACUGUGAUGCAGGGAGAUUCAGUCUCUCUACAGACUAACACUGAACUACAGAUAGAUGAUGUGAUAAUGUGGACAUUUGGACUUUCAGAGACUCGUAUAGCUGAAAUCAAUAAAGAGUAUAGAAUUUUCUCCACAUAUGAUGUUCUUGAUGGGAGAUUCAGAGACAGACUGAAGCUGGAUCAUCAGACUGGAUCUCUGAUCAUCACAAACACCAGAACCACAGACUCUGGACUUUAUGGAGUGAAGAUCAUCAGGAACAGGACAGUAAUCUCACACAGAUUCAAUCUUACUGUCUCUGGUGUGUUUGCUGAUUCAGAUGCAGUGAAGUCAGUGUCAGUGAUGGAGGGAGAUUCAGUCUCUCUACAUACUAACACUGAACUACAGACACAUGAUGAGAUCAUUUGGACAUUCAGACUUUCAGAGACUCGUAUAGCUCACAUUAAUAAAGAGUAUAGAAUCUUCUCCACAUUUGAUGUUCUUGAUGGGAGAUUCAGAGACAGACUGAAGCUGGAUCAUCAGACUGGAUCUCUGACCAUCACAAACACCACAACCACAGACAAUGGACUCUAUGGAGUGGAGAUCAUCAGGAACAGGACACUGAUAUCAUACAGAUUCAAUGUUACUGUCUCUGACUCUGUUAGCUGUUGUGAUUCUGCUGAAGCUGUGAUCCGAUUGGUCGUCACUGCUCUGGUGGGCGUGGCUGCUGCCGCUGCUGUGGCUGUUCUGGUUUAUGACAUCAGAUCCAGAAGAGCUGAAUAGGAUGUUUGAUUGCUGCAGGCCUGCUCCAGGACACACAACUUUUUUAUAUUUUAUAUUUCUUGGUGGGUUUAUAUUUUCAAGUGAAUGCUCAAAAUAUAUUAUUUAGGUAGCACUUUACAAAAAUUAACACAUUAAUACACUUUAAUACAUUAACUAACAUUGACUAAUCAAACCAUAUUGUAAAGUGUUGCAAUUAUUUGUUAUUAAAGUAUAUAUGUGUUCUCAAAAACACUGUUAAAUUAAACAGAAAAGCAAGCAAGUGAGCAUGAUUUGGCAUGGCAGCCAAUACAAAUAAUAACCGUUUCCUUACCUAAAUCCUGCGUAAAGUGCAUUCGGACCAGGCUCGGUCACAGAAUAACAUAUGUGCUUCUGAAAUUAUUAUCUUUUUUAUAUAGUGUAGUAGUUAGCUUUGUCUGUGUCCUACGUGGCCGCUUGUCAAGCUUGAAAAACACAAGUUUUAUUUGAAUUCUGAAUAUAUUAUCGUAUGCAGCAUGCAAAGAGUGCUCCCUUCAAAUUUAUUAAAAACAGUUGCUCAUUCAUUCACAAUUUCAUCACGAAGUAAAAAAAAAAAAAAAAAAAAAAAAACGAACGUGACCACACGAUGAAACUUUUUUAAAUGUCUUCGUUAGGAAGAAGUUAUGAGCAUGAUAGAACUCAGCACUGGGCAAAAAAACUGGAGUGGCAAGUGUGUGGAUUCCAAAUUUAACUCCUCUGAUUGGCCAUGCCAUUUUAGAAAUCAACAAACAUGUCUGUGAUUGGCUACAUUGCUCACCUCUGCGAAAAUGCAUUAUAAAAUCAUCUGACACUUUCCAAAGAAGAAGAAACACUGGAUUGUUGCCAAAUGUAUUUUGUUAUGCUAUUAUUAUGAAGAAAACAGAGGUUAUGGGCAGCUUUUCCAUCUAAAAGUAAGCAGACGCAACAGCAGCAGGGCUGGACUGGUAAUCUGUCAUAGCGGGCAUUUUCUCAGUGGGCCAUCGCACUUUUGGGCUGCUACAAUUUUUGUUUUUCCCGCCAAGGAUCCAUCAUGCAGGGACAGUGGCCCAUCACAAAGCAUUAUAUAGCUGGAGUGAUAAGGGAUCUUGCUCCACCUUUGUAAAUAUCGCUUCACCUCUCUCCCAUCUUCCUCUCGGUCUCUCAAAAUGGACAGACCAAAGCGAAAUGGUGGUGCUGAAAAGCUCAGGGAAAGUAGCUUAAAAUUUGGAGGCGGAUUCUGCAAAAUGUGCCACGUCAUUGGCAUUUGCAAAUUUUUAUCAAGAACAGGCUUGCUCUGCUAUGAGAGAUGCGUGCCAAAGGGACAGACAGGAGGAGUAGAGGACAGGAGUUAAGAAGCUCGAUAACAGGGGCUCACAUGAAGGGGAAACGGAGGAAUCUAACCUGUCCUAAUGCGUGUGUGCACCAUAAGUGUAGAAUACAUAAACACUUUUAAUAAAACGAAAAUUCGUUCCUUGCUCUUUUUUGGCAAAGUCAGUGUGUUCAUAGAGGUUUCCAUGUGCCAAUGUGAAUAAAUCUAGAUUUAAAUACCACGCACCGUUUUAUUCUUAUCCAAAACAGUGAGCUGGGAUAAAAACACCUUUUUUGUUUUGUGAGUUUGCAAUAUAUUCAAAUACUUAGCUUUCAAUAUUAAAGAUACCAGUACUGUAAUCAUUGUGUUUUUUUUUUUUUAAAAAAAGCAUAAUUUAUUAACUUAUUCUCCGCCUUCCUCUCUUAUUCUUAUAAAGGUUGUAUUCUUUGAGGAGGUCUUUGCUGUCCCUUAGUGUGAAGAUUACUGGCAACAUUUUAAAUUAUGGUAGCCUAUAUGUUGUACACAGUUGCAUACUUAUUUUUAUUAAUUGGAAAUUAUACUUUGAUCUUUUAGCUUCUUUUCUUUGGGGGAUAUUUACCGAAUAUAUAUUAGUGCUGUUAAACGAUUAA